GGAGCCGUUGUGUGUUGAUUUUUUUUUUCUUCCAGCAUGGCUGCGAAAAGCAAGCGGCGGCCCAAGAAGGCUAAAAAAAUUGAACAAGAUGAAGUAGACACGGUUGAGAACGACAUCGACGAAGCAGGGAAUGAUGAAGGCGAGAAGGGGGAGGAUGGGGAGGAUGAAUUUACCCUGGAUGAUGUGCUGCGUUUGGGAGGCACAAAGGCAGACUACGUCAUGCUUACUGCAGUUGAUGACAGUACUGAGCUGUUAAAUGGUGGAAAGAAAGGUGCUAUUGAUGAUUUGGAGGACGGUGAGCUAGAAGAGUUCAUAACCAAACUGGGGAUCCGGUCCUACUCGGACCAGCAGGUUAUUGAGGGUGAUGACGAGGAUGAGCCUGAAGGAGAAGAAGGGAAAUGCUCCACAUCCAGUGCGGAAAAGAAGAGCAAGAAAAAAGAAGCCUCUAAUGUGGUCUCCAGCAAGACACCUGAAACCAAGCAAGAAGCUGAGACAAAGAAGAGCGAGGCCAAAAAAACAAGCAAAAAAGCCAAGCAAAAAGAGGCCGACCUUUUUGAGUUUUACCCCCGGCAGGUUCUGUUGGUCAAACCCGGAGGAAAAUGGUACGAUGUAGACUACACGUCUGAGACUAGCACUUCUCCUCAGGACAAAUCACUGGUUGCUAAGUACAAGGCUUUGGCUCAGAAGCUGCUGGAGGCGGAAACAAAUCUUUACAGAAACAAGAAAAACCUACAGAAAGGAGCAAACACGGUCUGGAUGAAGAGCGUCGUCUCGACUGGGACUCUGCCGGACCGGAUGGCGGCCAUGACCGUGCUCAUCCAGGACGCUCCUGUGCACAGUCUGGAGCACAUCGAGAACCUGAUCGUUAUGAUGAGGAAGAAAGGAGGUCGUAGGCAAGGCCACAUGGCUGUGGACACACUUAAGGAGCUGCUGUUGUCCGAUCUGCUCCCAGAGAAUCGUAAGCUCCAGACUUUCUUUCAGCGCCCGUUCGACAAGCUGGAGGAGCGCGCGAGUGGAAACCGAGACGUCCGAGACCGGCGCCUUGUCCUCUGGUACUUCGAGCACCUUCUCAAGCUCCAGCUGGCUGAGUUUGUAACAGCUCUUGACGCUUUGGCUCACGAUUCUGUCCUGGCCACCAAAACAAAAGCUCUGACCACGGCUCAUGAGCUGCUCUGCAACCAGCCCGAGCAGGAAAGAGCCCUGCUGAUGCAUGUCGUAAACAAACUGGGAGAUCCUGAGUACAAAAUCGCCUCUAAGGCCUCGUAUCUGCUGGAGACGCUACUCCGUAAACACCCCUUGAUGAAAUCGGUGGUGUGCACCGAAGUAGAGCGUCUGAUGUUCAGACCCAACAUAAGUGCCAAGGCUCAGUAUUACGCCGCCUGCUUCCUCAACCAGGUGGUGCUGAGCCACGACGAGACCGAGCUUGCCACCAAACUCAUCACUGUCUACUUCAGCUUCUUCCGUCUCUGCAUUAAGAAGAAGGAGGUGGAGUCUAAGAUGCUGGGCGCUCUGCUGAGCGGUGUGAACAGGGCCUAUCCGUACACCAAGGCCGGAGAUGAGGCGGUCCGGGAGCAGCUGGACACGCUGUUUAAAGUGGUGCACCUGGUAAAGUUCAGCACAGCUGUGCAAGCUCUCAUGCUGCUCUUCCAGGUUAUGGAUUCUCAGCAGAGUGUGUCGGAUCGCUACUACGUCGCUCUUUACAAGAAGCUGUUGGAUCCUGGCCUGUCAGUAAGCUCGAGGCAGAGCAUGUUCCUCAACCUGCUGUACAAGUCUCUGAAAGCCGACAUCGUCUUGCGCCGCGUGAAGGCCUUCGUAAAGAGGCUUCUGCAGGUGAGCUGUGAUCAGAGCCCGACGUUCGCCUGCGGAGCGCUCUUCCUCGUAUCCGAGGUCAUGAAGGCCAAACCUGGCCUUAAGCUCCUCCUACAAGAAGGGGAUGAGGAGGAGGAGAAAUUUCAGGACCUUCGAGAAGAUGAUGAUGAAGAAGAAAGGUUUGUGGAUGCGGAUAAAAUUGAAGAGGGCCAGAGCGUAAAGCCUCAGCAGAACAAACCAGCUGCAUCAUGGGUACAUCACCAAAACUUUGAAGGUCGUAAGGAUAUGCAGAUGUAUGACCCCAUUCACAGAAACCCUUUAUACUGUGGAGCGAAUCACAGCACACUCUGGGAGCUGCAGAAGCUCGCUGAUCAUUUCCACCCCUCUGUUGCUCUGUUCGCAAAAACCAUCUUGCAGGGAGAACACAUCCAGUACACAGGGGAUCCUCUGCAGGACUUCACACUCAUCAGGUUCUUGGAUCGGUUUGUAUUCAGAAACCCCAAACAAGUGAAGGGCAAACAAAACACAGACGCGACUGUAAUGCAGCCGAAGCACAAACAAAGCAUGAAUAACAUCCGCUCGUUACCUGUAAACUGUGAGGAGUAUCUGGCCAAAGAGGAAGCUCAGAUCCCUGUGGAUGAGGUGUUCUUCUACAGGUUCUUUAAGAAGAGGGAAAGGGAGAAGUCAUUAAAGAAGCCUCGUGGAGAUGACGCGGAGAGCGUGGAGGAUGUGGAUGACGACGAGUUUGAGCAACUGCUCGACACUUUUGAGGGCGAUAGCUUCUUCACGGAAUUCAAAGAUGAUGACCUGGACUUUGCUGGCAAUGUAAAGAGCAGCAGCAAAAAAGGCAAGAAGUCAGAGGAGGUGUCUGAUUCAGACCUGGAUGAUGAGCUGGAUGACGAGGAGAUCUCUCUGGGAAGCAUGGACGAGGAAGACUUCGGAGACGAGCUGGAGGAAGACGGUGGUGCUUUUAUGGACCCGGGCGGAGACGAUAAUGAUGAUGAAGACUUUGAUGAGGACAUGGAUAAGCCACCAGAGGUCAGCACAGGAGGCAAAAAAGGCAAGAGGAAGUCAUCAGAGCAUUUAGAUUUUGCUGGAUCUUUUGGUUCCAAACCAAGCAAGAAGAAAAGGAAAGGAAAGAUGGAUGAGACAGGCAUUUUUGCAGCAGCUGAGGAGUUUGGAGAUUUGCUGGAUGAAAAUGCAGACAUCACGUUUGACACCACUGGCAUGAAUGCAAUGGCUAACAAAGACAAAGCCAGUGUCAAACAGCUGAAAUGGGAGGUGCAGCGUGAUGACUGGAUCCAGGGACGUGACGUAAAGACGCUUAGGAGGAAGAAGGCCAUGUUCAAAAAGAGGAAACCGUUUGAGAAACACAGACCAGGCAAAAAGACUGCAGGCAGGAAGAAGUGAUGAUUCUUGUCAUCUUUUUGUCUCUGUCCAUCUAUUCCUGCCUAGUAGACCACACGUCCCGAUCGGCUUCCCGGAUGCCGUAGUUUCCGGCCCAUUCGUUGGACUUGUAAUAAACUGAGAGAGAGAGAGAGAUUCGGUUUGUAGUCAUUGCCAUGUGUUGGUGGCAAAUAUUUCUGGUGUACAUGUUAAAAAAAAAAAAAAAAAAAAAAAAGCAUUUUGUAAUAAAUGUAAUUUUACCAUUUGUUUAUGCAUAGUAUUUAAAAAAAAAAAAAAAAAAUUUAGCACUUUAUCGUGCAUACUCAGGGUGCAUUCCCGCAUCACGCCCAGAUUUGCGGAGAUAGGCUCUGGAUCAGGGGUGUCCAAUCUUAUCCGGAAAGGGCCAGUGUGGGAGCAGGUUUUCAUUCCAUCCAAGCAGAAGCCUCGCCUGAGUCUAUUGAAAGCCAAGAUCAGCUGAUUAAACAGGUGGAAUCAGGUGUGGCUCUUGCUUGGUUGGAAUGAAAACCUGCACCCACACCGGCCCUUUCCGGAUAAGAUUGGACGCCCUUGCUCUGGAUCCACCUCAAAGUGCUUGAAGAUGAAUGGAUGAAAUCCAAACAUUACACCUGAUCUAUAUGAACAAACGGCCAAUAAAACUUCCAAAUCACUAACAUGAUCCAGACCAUGAAGUACUACGGUUCCUGACUUUAGUCUCCUUGUUAUAAGUGGUGUGAAGUAGUUUUUCUGACCCCAAAUACACAUCCAUCAUGGACCUAGCCUAAACUGAACAGAAUUGUGUACUUUUCAUCAGCAUGAUAAUGGUGUUAAACUGAACAUAUCAGGACUGAUCAAGCCAGAAAUCAGGAAUUAUAAACCUCUGAAAAGAAAAAAUUAUAUAAUUAAAGCAAUUUAUACACUAUAUGGACAAAAAUAUGUAGACACCUGACCAUCACACCCAUAUGUGGUACCCACUGGAAGUGCACAAUAUAUACAGAAUGUCUUUGUAUGCUGGAGCAUUACAAUUUCCCUUCACUGGAACAAAGAGACCCAAACCUGUUCCAGCAUGACAAUACACCUGUGCACAAAGCGAUCUCCAUGAAGACAUGGUAUAUACAGUCCUCUCUGGAAGUAUUGGACCGGCAAUGUCUAUAACCUGAAGACAUUUGGGUUUGAGAUCAAAUAUGAAGAUCAGAAUUUCAGCUUCCAUUUCCUGAUAUGAACACAGAGAAAUGCGUCCAAUCUAAUCAGGAGGAACUUCGGCACGCAGCAAGACAAUGACCCAAAAUGCACUGGCAACUCAACAAAGUACUUUACCAGGGUGAAAAAGUGGAAGGUUUUAGACUGGCCAAGUCAAUCACCAGCCCUUAACCCAAUGUGAGUAUAAAUUUCAGCCCCUGAUUAGAGCCCCUCCAGUGUAGAGCACAAACAAAAGAAUUGGCCUUGCUUUUCCGAAGGAAGGGAUUAUAUGCAUACAAAUAAAACAAAUUUUAUCUGUUUUUAUAAAAAUAUCUGUUAAAAACAUAGGCUACAUAAAACAACCAUUACAAUUCGACACCUCCACUAACAAGUCUAGUUCUUUAACACUUUUGACCUUGCUGUGACCUUGUCCCCUGUUUGGAUCAGUUCAUCUGCUGGCUACAAUGAUAAAGGACUCAAAAUUGGAUGAACUUUCCAUUUACCUUCCAGAACUGAGGGAAAGCGUUUGUUCAUCGUGCAUCUGAAAUCUGGGAGUUAGAAAGAAAAGAAAGAGACAAUCAUGAGCAUCUGAAUUCACCUGACUCCAAUCAUGAUGUACCAAAAGUGUUUACGUGGGAAGAGUAAAGCCGUCACCUCGGCUCGUGUUCAUUCUGUAAUAGAGCCCGUAAGCUGCAAACACACCAACCACCUCCAGAAAGAGCACUCCUUUAAAGACCUUCCUGGCCACUGGUUCCAUAGUUUUGGGGG